AUGGUCAAUAAAGAUGAUCCUCGACUUGCAACUGAAGAUGAUCUCAGAAAUUUUAUUAAAGAAUAUAAUAAGGCUUAUAUUGACUCUGAAGCAUUUAGAUCCCUUCCUUUAGAAACACAAUAUGAAGUCAUAGAAGAGCUUCGAAGCAAAAGUCGACGAACAUCUUGGGAUCGAUUUCAAGAGAUGUUCAACAUAAAAAGAAAUAAUUUAACACAAAAAUUAAUUGAUGUUACAAGCAAUGAUACAAAAUCAAAUGACGCAACACCAAAACGCAUAGUAUCAGAACGUAAUAAAAAAUAUGUAUUGAUAAAAAACAAAGAAGGAAGUACGGGGUGGACAAUGAGUUCUGUAGAUGAAAAUAAAUCCGAGAAAUAUGAUAAGCAAGGUCAUCAUACAGUUGAAAGGCCGGUUUAUAUGAAUGAUAAUAAAAAUGCAUUAGUAAAUGGAGAGGAUAAUGAAAUUGAAGAACUUGAAUUACCUAAGUCAGCUCUAUCUUUUGACAAUUGUGAAAAUCAAGAAUUUGAAGAACAAACGCCAAUAACAAGCGAUGUUUGGAAUAGUUUACUUUUGGAUAAAAAUGCUUAUGUUGAAGAUAAUGAAAGCAUUGAAUCGGUUAUCAAAAAAUUCAAAAGACUGGAGUCAGAGCCAUUUAAAAUGUCACCAAAUAACCUCAAUGAAGAUGCAUCAAUUAAUUAUGAUGAUGUAUCUACCUUUGAUACGUUUAUGUCAAUGGAGCCAGAUGAAUUUUAUGCUUUUUGGUUGUCGCAAAUGUCACCAGUUUUUCAGAAGGAAUAUGAUGAUCAUGAUGAUAUGCUUCAUAAAGCUAUUUAUGUUUGGAAUGAAGAUGAGUUAGAACAACAAAAGAAAUCUGUUACAAAAAAAUUAGGAAAAUUAAAUGAGUGUGAUGAACAAAAAGCGAUUGCUUUAAAUUUCUGGCAAAAUUUUUUGAAGGUUACAGCUGAAUUUCGCAGGAUAAAUUCUGACAUUAAUCAAAAUAAGAAUGAACUUAAUGAUAAACAAGAUCUUGAAAUUGAAAUGUCAAACAGUCCUAUGGAUUUAAAAGAACAAAAACAUAAAGAGGUAUAUAGGAGAGAAACAAAUCACCUAAUACAAAAGGUUGUGCAUACAAUAAAAAAAUUAAAUAUCAAUUUUGAAUCAUUACUCUUGCCGGUUAAUCAUGUAUCUUUUUAUCACACUUCAACUCUUGAUAUACCUUUAAAAGAUAAAGAAACCGUUGCAGAAAUUAGUGAUUUCGAGGAAGUUGAAUUGCCAAAAAAACCUGGUUAUCAGUCUACAAAAAUUAAUCCGCCAUUGAUGCCAACUUCGAAUUUUGAUGUGGAAAUUGACAUGAAUACCAGUGUAGACUUUUCCGAUGCAGAAUGUGAGAGUCAAACGAACGAGUUAAUUGAUGCUUUAGAAGUUGAGGGUCAAAACAAUAUAUCCAUUGAAAAAUAUAUCAAAAUUUCUUCUGAAGAUGAUGGAGAAUUUAAUUAUAAAGAAAAUAUCGAACAUGCAAUUAACAGUUCUGAUGAUGAGAUUCCAAAACAACUCACAGAAGAAGAAUCAGAAUUUGCUAGGUUUCUAUCAGAGUUAAAGAAAAAGGAUUUAGAUUCAAUACAACAAGAAUUAAAUACUGAAGUUCAGCAACUAAACGAGCAAAGAAGACGGGAAAAACGAGAUGCCGAUAGUGUAACACAAACAAUGAUAAAUGAAUGCCAAAAACUCUUGCAACUAUUUGGUAUUCCAUAUAUCAUAGCACCAAUGGAAGCCGAAGCACAAUGUGCCGAAUUGCUUCGUCUCGAACUUGUGGAUGGAAUCGUCACUGAUGAUAGUGAUGUCUUUUUAUUUGGAGGAACGCGGGUUUACAAGAACAUGUUCAAUCAACAAAAAUAUGUUGAACUUUACCUUUUACAAGAUUUAGAACAAAACAUGGGAAUAAAUCGUGAAAAGUUGAUUCAUUUAGCUAUACUAUUAGGAAGCGACUAUACUGAAGGUCUACCUGGUAUCGGAGUUGUUAGCGCCAUAGAAAUUUUAAAUGAAUUUCCUGGUGAAAAAGGUUUAGAACACUUUAGAAAUUGGUGGCUGGACGUUCAAAAUGGAACGAGUGGACCAGAAAAUAAUGAGAGUGAUUUCAAAAAGAAAUUUCGUAAGAAGAUGAAAGCUUUAGUAUUAUCAAAGAACUUCCCAAAUCACCGUAUAUGGGACGCAUAUCUUAGACCACAAGUAGAUGAUUCAAAAGUUCAAUUUCAAUGGACCAUUCCAGAUUUAGAUGGCCUUCGAGAUUUUUUGAUGGAAAGUUUCUCAUGGUCUCAUGAGAAGGUUGAUGAAACACUUGUACCGCUUAUGAAAACUUUUGUUAAGAAGUCACAUAAAAGUACGAGAAUACAGCGUAUUGUGGAUUCUUGGAAACGUGGUGAAACUUAUAAUAAUGUAAAUCGAAGUAAUGAUGGUAAUGAAUCAUCUCAAAGACGGAAGAAGCGAUCACAAAAAGAAUCAGACGAUGUUAUUACCAUUGGCUCGUCAAAUUUGAACUGA